AUGAUGAACAAUAACAGACGGACUACUGCCACUGUCACUACCACUCCCACUUCUACCACUCCCACUUCUACCACUAGAAAGACCACUCCCUGGAUCACUGGCCCCAGACAUCUUUCUUGUAGUGAGAUCAUCUCUGUCCGGGAUGAGGUUAGAGACCUUAUAAAUGCAGCUGAUAAAGAUCCGAAGGGUAUUUCUACAUCUACAAUAAGAAGAAGACAUACUCAGCUUGUUGAAAAUCAUCGAGCUAGACAGAGACAAGGAAGAAGAAUGACAGGAGCAUAUAAGAAGUUCCCAGUUCUUGAACAGCUUCUCACAAACCUCAUGGAAAUCAGAAAUUAUUUGCCAUCAAAAGAAGAUGGGUUUGCAUUUGCAGAGGUCGAGAGAGAAAAAGAAAAGGAAUGUGAGACGUUCAGAAGAUUGCAAAAAGAAAAUGUUGUCAAAGACAGAGCCACAAUGUUCAGAAUUAUGGCUGCUGACAUCAAUUCAGCAAGAAAGAGACAGAAGACCACCAGUACAGCGCCUGCUGUUCUUGCUCCUAUUGUUCCUGCUUCUGUCAUCUCUGUCUUUUCUUCUGGCCCUUCUCCAUUUGCUGGUCUUGUCCCUUCUCCCCGUGUUGCUCCUGUCACCUCCACUUCUAAACAUGCAGUAGCAACAACUCCAAUUGCUAUUGAUCAUGUAGAAAGAAUAAUACAUACCUUUAAUAAAAAAUUAUUUGCUCUCUUGGAGAAGGUUGAGGAUGAUGAGGUAUUUGGUGCCAUUGAAAGAUUGGAGACCAAGGUUGACAAUGAGAUCAUGGUAAUCUACAAUGAGAUCCAGACAGUUAAUAAGCAAAUUGAGAUGAUGGAGAAGAAUAUGUCAGAUAAAAUAAACAUGCAAUCGCAGCUCAUUCAAGCUCUUCUGAGACAACUGUCUCAAUAA